GACGACCGCCGAGCACCGCCCGAUUUUCCCACAUGGGACAAGAUGCCAUUCCACCAUGUGACGGCAGGACUGCUGUACAAGGGGAACUACCUGAGUCACUCUCUGUCUGAGGACAACGACAGUGACCAGCUGGCCAGCAUCUCUGUGGAGGAGCUAGAUGAGAUCCGGGAGGCAUUCAGAGUGCUGGACCGGGAUGGGAACGGGUUCAUCUCCAAGCAGGAGCUGGGCAUGGCCAUGAGGUCCCUGGGAUACAUGCCCAGUGAGGUGGAGCUGGCCAUCAUCAUGCAGAGACUAGACAUGGAUGGAGACGGGCAGGUGGACUUCGAUGAGUUCAUGACGAUCCUAGGACCCAAGCUCCUGUCGUCUGAAACCAGGGAGGGCUUCCUUGGGAGCACGAUAGACAGCAUAUUCUGGCAGUUUGACAUGCAGCGUAUCACCCUUGAAGAGCUGAAACACAUUCUGUUCCACGCCUUCAGAGACCACCUGACCAUGAAGGACAUCGAGAACAUCAUCAUCAACGAGGAGGAGAGCCUCAACGAGAACUCGGGACACUGUCAGGCAGACUUUGAAGGAAUCCAUUCUAAAAAUAAGAACCGGCAGACGUGCGUGAGGAAGAGUCUGAUCUGCGCUUUCGCCAUGGCCUUCAUCAUCAGUGUCAUGCUCAUCGCAGCCAAUCAAAUGCUGCGGAACGGCCUGGAGUAG